AUGGGGAUUUCAGCGUGCCUCGAACCUCGACAUCGUUUGGCCACUCUGGACACUCCGCCUGAGCUGGUGAGUCCAGGAACUUAUGUAUAUCAACCUCGACAGUCUGAGGAUCGCCCCUGGAACUCGGUCGUUCCCGUCUCUCCCCCCAUGUCCAACUAUGAUUCGGCCACCAAGACGGAAAUGUCUUCAGGGAAGAGUCACGACGACGCCCAAGGCGGCCCGAGACAGCAACUUCCAUCCCUGAGCAGUCUGUUCGGACCACCAUCGCAUGUCCGACCUCUGCACUCUCCACUGUCGGACCGCCCUGGCUCCUAUGCGUCCUUGUCGCCGCUUGAUCGCUCGCACGUCCCGACGCCGACCAUGGAGCGCUCCUACACCUCUUCGUCCUAUUUCCCCUCGGCUCCGUCUUCCCUCUCACAGCCGAGAACUGCACAUGAGCCCAGGUUUGAAGAUCGAGGCCCCUUCCCCCCCCUUUCCAGGCCCUUCCCAGGGCCUCUGUCACCGCGGACUCGCGAGUCGGAUUACCAACGGCCGGCCUCCAGCUCAGACUUCAACGGCGGGAACAGGUGGUCUGUCUACCAAGAGUCGAGCAGAAACGAGUACUCGUUUGGCAGUCGCGAAUCUCUCGCGUACAAGGCUUCCCAGGAAAGGGUACCACAGCUGCCAGGGCCAAAGCGCGAGGGUGACCCGGGAAUGGGGGCCUACGGAGACCAGCGGACGCCCCAGGGACCCGGCCAGAACCCCCCCUCGACGCCCGCAAGCACCGUCACCUCCGAAGGGGUCCCCGCGAAGGAUGGGCUGGGCCCCAAGAUCUGGACGGGAACCCAUUUCCUGCCCAGGUUUGUGCGGGCAGCCGAGGUUCCCGGAGAGGGAAUGUGCUACUUUUACGACGACGGGAGUCACUGCAAGACGAUGAUCGACGGCGAGCCCGUGACCGCCCACUGGGGGGUCACCAAGGCCGGGAAGCCGAGGAAGAGGCUCGCGAUCGCUUGCGUCACCUGCCGGGAAAAGAAGAUCAAGUGCGACCCGGACUACCCCCGAUGCGUGCAGUGCGAGAAGUUUGGCCGGGUCUGCAAGUUUAAGAACGCCCCUCGCGGAGGUCACAAUACUUCCCCCUCGACUCCGCCCGCCGAGCUGGACGAUUCCCGGCGGCUCGGGCCCCUAAUCAGACCGCCGCCCGACCAUCAGCGUCCAGGCAGCAAUUCCAGCGACUCGGUUUCCCCCCGGACGAUCCUCCGGCCAACAAGCCCCGAGCGGUCGACUGUUCCUCAGAAGCGGAUCAGGCUUGCCUACGAGCGCUUCACACCCUCGACGGGACAGCGGUCGCCGGUUGCCUCGGCCCCAGACGCCUCGCGGUCGAACCUGUCGUGGCAUCAGCCCGAACUCCCUCGCAUCCACGAGGACGUCUUGUGCCGAGCUUGGCAAACUGACCCGUAUGUCUCCGACCCUCAGUCCGUGACCAACACCAUCACCUCAUUCUUCGUCCACGUCGAUGCCGCAGCCCUCCGCUUCCUGCCCGAGAAGGCGUUCAAGUCGUGGGUUCAGACCGCUCACAGAAAGUCGCCAGAAGACCUGAUGCUGGUCUAUAGCAUCCUCGCCCUGGGCAUCGCUCUCUCUGGCGGGCCCAGGAACAUUGCCCACGAGUACUCGCAGGUGGCCAGGUAUGCCACCGAACACGCGGCCCUGUCCCUGCAGCUCGUGCAGUCGAGGAUCGCCCUCGCUCUCUUCUACCUCUCGGCUUCGCGGCCGAGCGACGCAAACGACAUGACGAGCGCCGCCAUCUCGGCCGCCACCUGCCUGCAGCUGAACCUGGAACUGGACCAGUCGCAGGACGGCAACCUGGCCGUGUUCCCCUACAACCUGACCCGCGUCGGCUUUGCCGAGUGCAGGAGGAGGACGUUCUGGUCGUGCCUCAUCCUCGAACGGCUGAAUGGUCUGUUCCCGACUCGCGUCGGCAUCAUCAACACGGAGGACAUCUUCAUCCGCCUUCCGGCAGACAUCAGAAGCUUUGAGGACCAGGUGGAGGUGGCGACCCCGGCGUUCGAGCCUCAUUUCUCCUUUACCCAGCAUCAACAGUCCGGCGUGGGCAUCAUGGCGCAUCUCGUCCAGAUCGUGGCUCUAUGGGGAGACGUCAUGGCCUCCAUCUACCGGGUCGCGCUCCGGGGCACGUAUUCCAGCACGUAUUCCAGCAUGGACUCGUUCAAGUCCCACGACAACAUCAUCGCGCGCCUGGAAGACUGGAAGUUCUCCCUGCCGCAGCGCCUCCUAUUCUCGGCCGCCAACCUCGAAGCAGUCAGCCAGGAAGACAAGGGCUCGUACAUCCUGAUGCACCUCCUCCACCACCUCAGCAUCAUCAAGCUGCACCGGCACAUCCACCCGCGCCUCCUCCGGUCGCCGCCGCCGACGGCCCAAACCAACCAACACCAGCACUCUCGCACGGCGCAGGAGCACGCCAGGAAGCUGAUCGAGGUGGCUUGCGCGGUGGCCAAGGACGGCAGCCUCGGGCGCUCGACGAUGCCGCCGCCGUUCUCGAGCUACGCCAUCCUCGAGGCCGUCGACGUGCUGUCGGCCGAGGGCGCGCUGGCGGACCUGCCGCGGCUCGUCGACGGGCUCGCGCUCGCGCGCAGCGUGCUCGAGAUCCUCGCCACCACCUGGGAGGACGCAAAGGUCCACAAGAUGGCCAUGGACCACCGCCUGGACAAGCUGGCCGCCCUGCGCGACCGCGGCGGUGGCCAUGCCGACGGCGGCCAGGCGGGCCCCGGCCAGGCGGCCGUGCCGGGGGUGCGCGUGUUCCUCCGCGACGGGCAGCCCGACAGGGGACUGCCCGCGGCCACGUGCUGGCAGAUGUGCGAGGCGCUGGAGGUGCGGUUCCCCAAGGAGAUGGACUGCGUCUAUGGGAGCAUCACCCCGCUGCACCGGCCGAAUUAG